AUGGCGUCACCCGAGUCUUCGUUGCGUCGGCGAGGCAGAGGCUCCGUCUCUGAAUCCUCGGGCCAUGCAAGAACCGAGUCUGAUGGCUUCGGGUCCUUCGUCGACUCGUCCACUGCCUUUCCCUCCAGUUUCGACCCCGGGCUUUCAGACUCUCUCGACAAUCAAGGAGCUUCAUCUUCACUCUCCUUUACUUCACCAACCCGCACACGGAUCAGCUCGUCCUCACAAUCUCCACAACGGAUCAACGACGAAGACCUAGAAGAGUGGGCGGACGCAGACAUGGUUACCAGCUUUUCACCCGUCGAGACGCAUGCUCCGAGCUUAAGCGAGCGUCCAGCGGGAGCAAUGGGGCCUCCAUCUUCAGCGGGGCGCGCGGCUUCCAGGCCGAUGGCGGGACGCAAAGUCAGCGGAAGAGGCGCAUCGUCCGAAUGGGCUGACUGGAGCUCGUUCUUGGCUGCGCAUACCCUUCCUUCUCAAAGCUCGCAGUCGGGCGCGUCUGAUCCUUCAUCCUCCUCCAAAGCCGGAGGAGCCACCGCACCCAACCCUGCGGACGAUGCUUUUUUCGACGCCUUCGAAGUAGCAACCAACCCCACUCGGGUGCCUUCGCCACCCAUCAUCGACCUUCGCGCUGUGGAAAAGCAGCUCGAGGAGAAAAAACAGCAGCAGCAGAAACGCAAGAAUGCCGCAAAUCCCGUCAACUCUACCGAAGACGACUUCUUUUCCCGUUUCGAGCGCGCACCGCAAGCAGCUCUGGGAAGGACUAGUCCGUUGGUGCUCGAGCCAGAUCAGCUCGAAAGCAUGCACGAUGCUCGAACAAGCCCCUUACCUCCCUCAUCGUCAUCGGCCAAGACUACAGAUUCCUACUUUGGUCCGAGCGCUCAGCCAAAGCCCAUCAACAGCGAAGGCGGCUCUAGACAGGGCGACCAGCGACGAGAUGCUACUUCUGCAUCCAUCUCACCCGCCUCACCGUCAAGCUGGACAGGCAGCCUGAAAAAGACGUGGACGACGCUGCGUGGGAUUCAAAAUGAGCUCGUCAGCCACUUGCCAAGCACCAGUGACUUUAUUGUGCCAGUAGAUGAGGCGGAAGAAGGUCGCGCCUCAGCGGAUUAUCACGCGCCAGUCUCGAACCCCGGAGGAGGAUUGCUGAUCGCAAGUAAUGCUCCAGCGGAAAAGGCGGACUCGCAAGAGCGUGCCAGUGGCAGAGGCAGCGGCAGCGGCGACAGACACAACUCAGAUUUGAACCGACGCGGCAGCGGAACUCUUCCGCAUGCAUCCGACUACAGCCAGAACACGCCCUUCGGCUCGUCAUCGGCAGCAUCAUCCAGUGGCUUUUCCGCUGGCGCAGCCGCACCUUCGGCGGCCCACUCAGGCACAGCACCGCUUCGUGCGAGAGAUAUCUUUGCAUCUACCAGCUCAGGCGCGCUCGGCGGUGUUAGCGGGUCCAUGUCGUCCUCCGUGACUUCGAGUGGAAUUCUUCGUCGCGGGCCAGUUCACGCAGCCACUGCUCCCAUCUCUGGCGCGCCAGGGUUCGAUACAACCUCCACUCGCAAAUGGAACACGGGCCACUGGACGCUUGACGAAAAGGAGAAGCGCGCCAUUGCCGUGGCUCUGUCGAAUCGUCGCGAGGAAACGGAAACGGUGAUCGAGUCCUUCCACGCUGCCAGAAUCCAGGCCUUGCUGCCGCCCCGAUUGCAACUCGGCAAACGAUGGAGUCUGCUCUAUUCGCUCGACCAGCACGGGAUCUCUCUGCAGACGAUGUACCAUCGGGUUGCAGCUGGUCUUGACCCGACCAAAGUGGGACGUUCGGUAUCCGGCAACCAAUCUAGCAAUGCCGGUGAUGACGGCGGCACGGCCGAAGGGUGGUUGAGGGGUGCAUCUCGCGAAACGCAACGAGCUCUCGGGGCACGUGCUGCGCAAAAUGGCGGUCGGAAGAUGCACGUCGGUGGCGGUCUCAGCAGCAUUUCGGAUGCAGGUCUCGUUAUCGCCAUCAAGGACGAGAACGAUAACGUCUUUGGGGCGUUUGUCAACGAAAAGCUGCGACCGCAGCAGCACUAUUAUGGCUCCGGUGAGUGCUUCCUUUGGAAGACCACUUCUGCACCGAAGGAGGAGGAUCGAAGCGUCGAGAAGUACCGAUGGACAGGAAAGAACGAUUACAUGGUGUUGUCCGAAUCGACAUUCUUGAGCGUAGGUGGAGGGGAGGGCAAGUUCGGGCUGUGGGUGGAUGGCGCACUGGAGAAAGGGAUCUCAUCAUGCUGUCCGGCAUUCGAUAACGAGAUACUUUGCGAUGGCAAGGCUAGAGGCAAAGGCAAGACGGAUGGCGAGGGAAGGUUCGAGUGCUACGGCCUCGAGGUCUGGGCUGUCGGCCUCGAUUAG